AUGGCCUCACUUCGACUUGAAGGAGACGUAAACAGUCUCAGUGUACGACAACAACAGUUUCUCCGCGAUGUUCUAGACAAACGUGGUUUUAAAAACAACAAAGUGGUAAUAAAACCUCUUGGCAAGGCCGGUGAUAAUUACGUAGCAAAUGUGAAACAAAUAAUAGUCGAAAAAGAAAAUGGAGAAUCACUGAAGAUAGUAGCAAAAGUGGCACCUACAAUUGAAUUUAUUCGCUUAACCAUGAGUACUGCUAAUGUGUUUGAAAACGAACGAUUAAUUUAUGAAGUCUUACUCCCCAAGUUUAGUAAGCUACAAAAGGAUGCCGGUGUUCCCAAGGAAUACCAAUACCAAUAUGCUGAGUGUUACGGCGCCCUAUCAGAUACAUUACACGAGAUGAUUCUUCUAGAAGAUCUAAAUGUUAAAGGCUAUGCCAUGCUCGAUAGACUAAAUUUUUUGACUGAUGAUAUUGUAAAAACUGUUCUCAAAAACUUAGCCAUUUAUCAUUCUAUUUCCUUUGUUAUAAAACAAGCAGAACCAGCUUAUUAUGAAGAUUUGAAAUUAAAAUUCUUUAAUAAUUGGAGUCAUGCUAUAAAACAGCCACCGUUCCAAAAUCAUUAUACAACUAUGAUAAAAGAUACAAUAACAAUAUUAAAUAACGAUAAAUAUGCAAGUGUUAUCAAAAACAUACUCAGUAAAAUGCAAGAACACGAUGCAGAUUUAAAAAAUAAGGACGUAAACACCGUUAUCCACCAUGGUGAUGCAUGGACCAAUAACCUACUUUUUAAAUCGUUGAAUGGAAAACCAACUGAAUGUAUUCUUAUCGACUACCAAAUAGCUACCGCUGUCAGUCCCGUUUACGAUCUUCUCUUCAUGAUCUUCAACUGCACAGAUUACGCUACCAGACGUGAACAUUACCAAGAUUGGAUAAACUACUAUCACUCGGAACUUGAUAAAUCUCUGAGUUUCUUCGGGUUAAGAGCCGAGUCUUUGUAUCCUAUAGAUCAACUUAAUUCCGAUUUGAAAACUCAUUCUGGAUUCCAACUUGGUUUGAUAAUUUUAUUUGCAUCUUUCAGCGUCCGAUCGUCAGAUGAGGCGGCUGAAAUGAAGGAUAAAAUGCAGACUAGCGAUGGUGAUACAGAAACAGAUUUAAUGCAAAUUUCUCGUAUGGAAACCAAGUCCCGCUCCCUGUAUGUAAAUAAGAUAACAUCUACAAUUGAUAGCUACUAUGAAUUAGGUUAUUUAUAA